AAGAUUGGGACAGAAUUCCAUUUUCUAACCUCAAAAGUAAUAAGGUUGUUGAAAUAUUCCGCACUUUACAAUAUUGUAUUAUCUUUUUUUUACAAGAAUCCAGUAUGAUACCACGUUUUACUCAUGUAUUACAACUAAUGAAAAAUGUGGAAAGGAAUUUGUUUCAUAUGUUUGGAUACCAUCCACCUAAAGAGCUAGCAUUAGCUUAUGUUCAUGAGAGGAAGCCUGUAGCUACUCCUAAAAAGUUCUCGAUUAAAGACAUCGUUGGGGAUGGUUUCUUAUUGGCUGUACCAAAAUUCAGGAGAACUAUAGAAAGAAAACUGAAGAGAAAAUUUGGUACUCCUGAAUAUGUAUGGAAGAUGCUUGUACCAAAAAAUCACAUCAAAGUUUGCCAAAACUGUGGACAUCAUCAUGAGAAAAGAAGAUUAUGUGAAAACUGUUACACCAAAAUAAAGAAAGAAACUGAGGAAAUUCAAGCACAGAUAAAGGAAAAACUUGGUAUCAAUCCGAUUGAACAUGAUGUUGUGGUUUUGUAUAAAGGAGAAACUCUUCCCGAUCAGCCCAAGGAAUUUUGGAAGGGCAAAAGAAUCAUUGAAAUGAAAAAGGAAAGGCCACAGUGGUUCAGCAAAAAUCUUCUUGAAAAGACUACACAACAACCAUCCAAGUCUACAGAUGUCAAACCUACUGAUUUAGCAUAAUACUAUAGUGAACCAUUAGUACUGGUUAAGUAAUAUAGAAAUAACAAAUAAAUAGAUAUCAUAAAUAAAA